ACGCGGGUCACAGCCCAGCUCCCUCAGCAACUCAGCUCCACUCCCCGACCAGCACACGCCGCCGCCCCCCGCCCGCCGCCACGCCUUGAGCUCCUAACCUAGCCAACGCCACCGAUGGACUCGGAUGAGGAGGCCGACUAGAUAGCCCUGGAGGAAGAGGCGGCUGCGAUAGCAGCAGCAGCAGCUCCGGCGGCGGCGGCGACACGGGAUUGCGCAGGCGUAGCAACCAAACGCUAGCCGGCGCAAGAGAUGGUGCAGGUAGGGUAGCUGAGAGUAAAGCAUGGUCUUCUUAAGCAUCUCUUCUACUUGGAUGCUUUCUGAGAAGUGCAGGGUUUGAUCACUGCGUUGAAGCACCUGCAAACGUCAAUUGGAAGAGGGAGAACACUUUCUGCCCUGCUUAACUUCUCUCUCUGCCUUGUCAGGAAGAAUUUAUCAACCAUCCAAUGGAAACAGCAUGCAGAAGUUGCGGUUUUGAACACAAAGAAGUAACUGGCGAACAAUUCAUGUUUAGUUGCUUUGUUGAUUUUAACUGAACUUAUUUUGUCUACAGAGAUACUUCUGAACAUGUGUGUAAUAGUGUUUAUCCUUUACCUACUUCUGAACAAUGCCAUUUUGUUUUCCAUAUUUCAGGUUGGCCCCCCUUUUGCUCUAGUCAAGGCUGAGGUUCCUUGGUCAGCCCGAAGAGGCAAUCUUUCGGAGAAAGAGAGAGUGCUGAAAAAAGUGAAAGGUAUAUUGAACAAACUGACGCUAGAGAAAUUUGAGCUACUCAAGGGGCAACUGCUGGAUACUCGAAUUACUACAGCUGAUAUCUUGAAGGAUGUUACGUCUCUCAUAUUUAGGAAGGCUGUUUCUGAGCCCACCUUCUGUUCCAUGUAUGCUCAACUAUGUUAUGAAGUCCAUGACUACCUCCCAUCAUUCCCUGCUGAAGAACCAGGAGGAAGAAAUAUUAUAUUCAGACGUCUGCUGUUGAACAAUUGUCAGCAAGUUUUUGAAGAUCCUGAUAGCCUAAGGGUUGAGAUUGCAAGACUGACUGGCCCUGACCAAGUGAUGGAAAGAGGGGAUCAGGACAUGAUUUUCAAACUUAUAACACUUGGAAAUAUUCGUCUAAUUGGUGAGCUAACGAAGGCAAGGAUGGUUCCUGAGAAGAUAGUUCAUCACAUUAUCAAGGAGUUACUAGGGUCUGAUAAAAAGGCUUGCCCUGACGAGGAACACAUCGAAGCCCUCUGUCAGUUCUUCAAUACGGUUGGUAAACAUCUUGAUGAGAACCCAGGGUCUUGCCGAAUGAAUGACACCUACUUCAUCCAGAUUAAGGAUCGAGUAGCAAACCCUGAGUUGACUCCACGCUCAAAGUUCAUGCUUCUCGAUUUGAUUGCUCUCCGUUCUAACAACUGGGUGCCUCGACGUGGGGAGGUAGGGGAUGUUCCUUGUGACAUUUGGCAUUGGCAAGAUGCGUCCACGAACUAUUUGUCAAACCUCGGCUACAUAAGAGCAGAGACGGAGAAGUUGGAGUCAGAGAUGAAGAGGAUUGCACUUGAGGGACAGCAGAAGCAAACCUGUAAGCUAAGCGAUGAAGACAUGAAGAUCACAAGGAUGACUAUGUUGCUCACUGCUUUGUUACAAGAUAACAAGGAUUGCAAGAAUGAGAUACUUAAGGUGUUGAAGCUGACAGUGGCAAUUCUAUUUGCCAUUCUUUGUGUAUGUGUUGUAGGUGUGAUGAAGAAGUGAACACUGAAUCGUUUCAAAUAAUGUACUGUGCUCAUAUUAUAAA